CCGGCGUGAAGCGAUCCGUGACGGUACGAAAGAAACCGUGGUCUGUACAUGUGCUUUCACGUCUCCUCGUCUGACCUGGACAGGACGUCAACUGUAAUGGUGAGACCUAGAUGACAGUAUAAACUAUCUACCCCUAGAAUACCUGUGUACGACUGUCUUCUCCAUGAUCAGAUCCAAUAUGGCGGGGGAGGUAGUGUUGGACAUUGGUAACCGGGAGAGACCUAAAACGUUGAUGGAAAAGUUUCGUGAACGCUACAAUGACAAAAAAGCUGACAGACGGCACAAAAAUGCUGCUAAGAAGUUUAUGAGAGGUUUGAUGAUGUUCCAGGCUCCGUCUCAACUUUUCAUGUUUCACGUCUACAUAAUUCCGUACCUGUUCGAGGACUACGAUGAAUGGACGCGAUAUUACCUGAAAGUUUUGGUAGCGUACUGUGCUGUACAGGGUGUAGCUAACUGGUUGUGUACUAUACUGUACGAUACCAGUAUCCCGAAAACUAAAGAUCGCCCCGACUUACCGGGACUGAGCAGCCGCUGGGAAAACCCACCAGAUCAUUUUGUGUCUAUACAUACAGCCAAUCAGAAUGGAUCGGCUGUUCCAAUUCAGCAACACGAUGUUGAUGAUUCCGGUUUUGAAUGGCAAUAUUGUGAUAUUUGUAAAAUCUUCCGACCUCCUCGUGCGCAUCAUUGUGAAACGUGUGAAGCGUGUAUUUUGAAGCGCGAUCACCACUGUUUCAUGGUGGGAAACUGUAUUGGUUUUAAAAACCAGAGGUAUUUUGUAGUAUUGUCAUUCUAUGCUGUGAUAAUUGGGUUUGUUGGUGUCUUUUUUCAGUUCAAAUAUCUACAGCAGAUGUACUAUCCAAUUAGCUAUGCGUGGACAGACUUUAUACCUCCAGUCGCGUUCUACCGCUGGUUGUUCGGGCGCGUUGACGCCAUGUCCCUACAUGUGUGUAUCAUGAUAACACAAGUGUACCUGGAGUUUCUGUUCGGCGUAUUAGGUUUUCUCUAUUUUACCUCACAAAUGGCCAUAAUCGCCCAGGGCAAGACACUCUACGAACUGGCUAAAUCUAUCCCUGUUCGAAACUUAAAUACUAUCGGUCACAACUUUCGCUCCGUGUUUGGUGAUUUCUGGAUUCUGAAUUUCUUUUUUCCGAUGCAGCUGAUAUUCCGUCAGAGGGACGACGGUAAAACAUGGGAAGGCGUCAAACUUGACCAUAACGCAAAUCGCCUGGAAAAAAGCAAUUGAUAAUGUUGAUACUGUAUACCGGGAAAUUUUUCCACGCAGUUUGAUUUUUCGUCUUUUCUGCCCUCCAUAAUGAGGGCAAAUUUAUCACGACCGUGAAAAUAAGUACACCAUCUACUAUACAUAGUUAUAACAGGUGAAAGGCGAAACAUGACACUGCGCAAAAAAGUUAAAAGUUAAAGAGUUAAAGAGUUAAAUGCGAAAGGUUUGACAGGGUGAAAGAUUCCUGGUAUACAGUACGUAGUACAGAGGAUUCCAUUGGUCACUUUUUUUAUUUCACUCUAUUUAUAUCUUUCUCUAUACAUGUAGAGCAGUGGGUAAGUUCUGAGAUUGAAACUCAAUAAGUUUCACUUUUCCUUUUUAUUGUUUCAUUUAUUUUUUAUUUAUAUUUUUAUUUAUUCAGAUUCAGAUAAUCAUAUUUUGAUCGACUGUGAUUUUGUGUUUGUAAGGAAUACAUCUGUGAAAAUGACAAUUAUAUAUUUUAUAUUGGGCCGAAAAGAAAGGAUUUUGUUUUUACCCCUGGCCCUGACCCUUACAAUUGUUUCUCGCUCGAACAUACUUGAAUGUCCCAUUCAAAUACACGUAAAAGGUGUGUUACGAUUUGCCAAGAUGGCCGGUCAAAUCCGACUGAUGUCUCAAAAAUUUGCAUAAUGCAUGCAUAAAAAUGGAUAUCUAUCCUUUUUCUGCUAUGAGAAGUCAAGGAUAUUGAAAUUUUGGUCUAAAUCAAAUCAAUAUGGUUGAUUGAAAAUAAUGAGCCUUUUUGUAAGGUAUUCUAUCUUUAUCUGUUUAUUCUCAACUUCUUCCCAAGCAUCACCAUAGGGAUUCGAACAAAUUGUCGACAUUUAAAUCAAAAUUUAACUCCAUCCAGUGUGGGGAUAACUUGUCCAUCAGAUGCAACUGAACUUGUAUAUUAAUAUUUAAAACUUGGCUAUAACUGGAGAGUAAAUUACCGUCUUAAAGUGUUUCCUCUAUAAAGAAAGUGCCUGUCUAAAAGGAAUAAUUUGGUAGCAAAUACCUGUCUUUAAAAACCACCUCUUUAUAUAGCAGGUACCUUUUUACAGAGAAUAGAUUUAUAAAAAGAUACAUGUCUAUAAAGCCCACCUCUUUAUAGUGAAAUACCUGUCUACAAAGCCCACUUCUUUAUAGCAGAAUAUCUGUCUAUAAAGCCCACUUCUUUAUAGAAAAUACUUGUGUAUAAUAACUGUCUGGUUGGUUGGUUGGUUGGUUGACAGGUUUUUUGCCUACAUGAUUCCACCCAUGCGGGUUUCAUCUCAUUGACGGAAGUCGGUGUUCUGUCGGCGUGAGGGAAGUUGCCUUCCCUCAGGGGUGGGGAGGAGUCGCCUAUACUAUAUUUAAUCCUUAUAUUUUGUUGAAAUUUUGGGAGAUGACUUCUUGGUCCGAAAUGGUUGGUAGGUGUGUCGCGCAGGUCGCUGCAACUUAAAAUAACUGUCUACAAAGACCAUCCCUUUAUAGCAGAUAUCUAUGAAGGUCACAUAUGUACAUGAACAAUUAUGGAAAAUACCUGUCUAUAAUGCCCAGCUCUUUAUGGAAAAUAACUGUCUACAAAGACCAUCCCUUUAUAGCAGAUAUCUAUGAAGGUCACAUAUGUUCAAUCUUACUUACCACUUAAUAGAUCAAUAAUUAUUUUUUUAUGAACAUGAAGAUCUGUAACGUUUGCUUUGACAUAGACUUAUUUGAAUGCUCUGUCAAGAUCAAUUACUGCAAAUUGUUUUCGAAUUCGCCCUUCAUACCCUUCAGUAAGAAAGAGCUAAACAUUACAGAAAGCAGCCGUUUGUGUGUUCGUUACAGCAUUCUCGUCCAACAUUUAGAGGUCAGUCAUCAUUGUUUACACUGUCGCGUGCACACUGGUGACUGUCAUGGACGUCUGUCAUGUUUGAAAGUGACAGCAUUAGCUGCAAGGUACAAUAAUUGGACUUUCAAAUAUAUUGUUUAAUUCCUUUACCCCUGAAAUUUUAUAAUGGACUAUUCCAACCUUUGAAUUGGAUGAGUUCAAAUGUGUCUUCAGGGGUGAAUGAGUUUAGACAGUUAUGUACAUCACAUGAUGUGCAGUUUUCACAUGACAUAUUCCCCGUCAGCUACAGCAGUGUUAAUUAUUUAUUUUAAAAUAAAAUAAAGUAUGCGUAUAUAGUUGUGCCUUAUAGAACAAUAUUUUUACUUGUCAGUUAUGUUAAAGACCAUUUUCAUUUACUGCAAUUGUCAGCAAUUUUGCUAUUUUUGUAAAAAUCGGUGUGCCAUGUUAAAGAAAAUGAAAUCAAUUUACUUACCGGUACCAAUUUACAAUCUCCAUCAGUGUGCUUUUACCAGCAAUUUUAAUAUUGCAUGUUAUAUAAAAAUCUUUGUGCCUUGUUAAAAAGAAAUGAAAUAUAAUUUAUUAACUUGUCAAUUUACAAUCUCCAUCAGUGUUAUUGCCAGGAAUUUGAUUAUGAUGUAAAAAUCUGUGUGACAUGUUUAAAAAAUGAAAUUAAUUAACUUGUCAGUUGACAGUCUACAUCACUGCUGUUGUUUGCAAUUUUGAUAAUAAUGUAAAAAAUCUUUGUGCCUUGUUAAAAAAAAAGAAACUCAUUUACUUUUCAAUUCAAUCUUCAUCAGUGCUAAGCCAGCAAUUUUGAUAUUUUUUUUUAUAUAAAAAUCUAUGUGCCUUGUUUAAAAAAUAAAAAAAUAAAUAUAAGUUGUAAAUUGCAAUCUACAUCAAUGCAAUUCUAGCAAUUUUUCGAUAUUACAUCUAAUAUGAAAAUUGUGUGCCAUGUUUUAAAAAAAAAUGGAAAAUUAUUUACAAUUAACAAAUACUAAUUUCCACCAGUGCUAUUGGAAAUUUUGAUUUUUGAUUUCAGUUUUGAUAAUACAUGUUAUAUAGCAAUCUGUGUGCCAUGUUAAAAAUACAAUCUCCGUAAGUUUUAUUGAGAUAAAGCUUUCUCGCACCUCAGACAGAGAUAUCCCACGUCAUACCCCAUGCUUGAUUUUUCUAUCUCGUCCAAUCUGUCUUGU